AUGGGGCAGGUAGACGGAGCAGCAGAAGACUGCGGCCCCGCUUCUGCUGAGGAUGAAUCGGGGCUGCCCCUCUUUGGCUUUGCUUCAACAGAUGGAGCAGCAGCAGCAGCUGCAGCAGCACCUGCAGCUGCUGCUGGUGCAGCAGCAGCUGCUGCAGCAGCAGUUCCAUCAUUAGGCCCGGAGGGGACUGCUGCUGGUGGGCCAGGUAUGACAGCAACGCCGCUGCAGCAGCAGCAAGUGGUUCAGCAGCAAGUGGCUCCGCAGCAGCAGCUGCAGCAGCUGCAGCAGCAGCAAGCAAGUACGGGUUUAAGUUAUGUGUAUGAAGGUUGUCUACAGCAGCAGCAGCAGUUGCAGCAGCAGCAGCUUCAGGAGCAGCAACUCCGGCAGCAGCAGCAGCAAUUACAGCAGCAGCAGCAAUUACAGCAGCAACAUGCACAAUUGCAGCAGGUGCCCCAAGCGCUGCAGCAGCAGCAGUUACAGCAGCAACAGUUGCAGCAGCAACAGUUGCAGCAGCAGCAGUUACAGCAGCAACAAUUGCAGCAGCAGUUACAGCAGCAACAAUUGCAGCAGCAGCAGUUACAGCAACAACAGUUGCAGCAGCAGCAACUGAAGCAGCAGCAGCAGCAACUGCAACAUUUGCAGCAGCCGGAUAUGCAGCAGCAGCUAUUACGUCAGCAGCAGCAGCUGCAGCAGCAGCAUUUUCAGCAGCAGCAGCUUCAGCAGUUACAGCAGCAGCAACUGCAGCCAGUGCUGCAGCAGCAGCCUAUGCAGCAUUUACAGCUGCAGCAUUUGCAGCAGCAGCAAUUACAGCAGCAGCAUUUAUUAAGACAGCAGCAAUUACAGCAGCAGCAAUUACAGCAGCAGCAGUUGCAGCAGCAACUGCAGCAGCAAGGGCAAUCUGCUGCAGCAGCAGAUUCUGCUGUUCCUUCUCAGUUAUUGCAGCAUCAGCUGCAGCAGCAGAUUCAGUUACAGCAGCAGUUACAUCAGCAGCAACUGCAGCAGCAGCAGAUACUGCAGCAGCAUCUUGCUGCUGCAAGUGGUAACCCUCAGCAGCAGCAGCUGAUUCAGCAGCAAUUUAUGCGUCAGCAGCAGAUACGUCAGCAAUUACAGCAGCAGCAGCUGCAGCAAUUGUUGCUGCAGCGUCAACUGCAGCAGCAGCAUCAUUUAUUAGCAGCACAGCAGACGCAUAGUCCUUUUUUACAGCAGCAGCAGCAGCAGCAAUAUCUUCAGCAAUUACAGCAGCAGCAGCAAAUAUUGCAGCGACAGCAGCAGCAAUUAAUUCAAGCACAGCAACGUCAGCAGCAGCAACCGCAACAACAACAUAAUGCAUUUGCUGAAGCAGCAGCAGCAGCAGCAGCUGCAGCUGCAGCAGCAGCAGCAGGUGGUGCUGCAGCUGGUGGUGUUCCUGGUGCACCUGGUGUUGGUGGUGUUGUAGGUGUUGGUGGUCAUCAUCAUACAACAACAACAGCAGCAGCAGCAGCAGCAGCAGCAGCAGCAGCAGCAGCUGCAGCAGCAGCAGCAACAGGAGCAACAACAGCAGGAACAACAACAACAGCAGCAAAGACAGAAGAUGAUGGUGAUGAAGCAUGGGAUCCAUCAACAAUAGGAAAAAGACGUACAAAUACAUCAGCAGCAGCAGCAGCAGCAGCAGCAGUAGAUGGUGGUAUAAUAGGUAAUUGGGGAGGAGGAAGUAGUAGUAGUAGUAGCAGCAGCAGCAGCAGCAGCAGCAGUAGUAGUAGUAGUAAUCGUCGUCGUCGUGCCCGUGCUCAAUCCCGUGAAGCAUAUUAUGCAUCUCAUCUCCCCCGCAGCAGCAGCAGCAGCAGCAGCAGCAACAACAACAACAGUACAACAACAACAACAGUAGGAGGAGAGCAGCGCAGCAGCAGCAGCGGAUUUAGUUUACGUGCUCGUAAUAGUCGUGUAGAUUACGUGAAUUUAGCGUCAUGUAAUAAUGACGAGGAGGAGGAAGAAGAAGAAGAAAGAGGAGUAGGAGUAGGAGUAGGAGGAGAAGAAGAAGAAGAAGGAGAAGAAGGAGGAUAUAUAUAUACAGGUAGAGGAGAUAUAAUAAAUAAUUCAAUAAAUAAUAAUAAUAAUAAUAAUUAUUAUGGAGGAAAUAAUAAGUAUGGUGCAGCAAGAGGAGCAGGAGGAGAAGAAAUAGGAGCUAUAGGUGGAUUAAUGGUUGUAGAUAGGGUACUUGAAUCACGAAUAAGAGAAGAUGAUGGAGAAGAAGAAUAUUUAAUAAAAUGGGAGGAUAAAGAGAAAGGAGAGAAGAUAUAUAUAGUAAAAUGGCGUAGUUGUCCAUAUGAUAGAUGUACACAAGAGAGUCAUGAUACAUUAGUUAAGCAUUCUUUUUUAUCUCUUGUAUCUGCAUAUGAUGAUCGUCUUCUUCGUGGUAAACAAAAGUUAUAUAGGGCAUUAAAUGAUCCAUUUGCCUUUAGACCUAUUACUUCUACACCUUUUAUUCCUUAUCUAACUACACCACCAUAUAUGAAUCAUCUUAUACAAACAGAUCAUCAACAACAACAACAAGGAGGAGGAGGAGGAGGAGAGAAGAAAGAGGGACAAGAAGGAGAUAAGAAACACGAGGAGGGUGAACAACAACAACAACAGCAACAACAAGAUAAUAAUAAUAAUAAUAAUAAUAAUAAUAAUAAUAAUAAUAAUAAUAAUAAUAAUAAUAAUAUAAAACAAGAAGAAACAACAACAGGAACAGCAGCAGAUGCAACCCAACAAGAACAGCAACCAACAACAACAACAACAACAACAACAGGAGGAAGAGGAGGAGGAGGAGGAGAUACCCAACAACAACAAGAGGAGCAACAAGAGCAACAACAAGAGGAGAGACAAGAGUUACGUGAUUAUCAAUUAAUGGGGGUAAAUUGGAUAUUAUCUAGGAUAAAAAGAGGAAUAAGUGUCUUAUUAGCUGAUGAGAUGGGUCUAGAUGGUACUAUGCCUAAAGAAGUAAGAAGAAAAGCCAUGGAACAAUUCAAUUCACGAACAAGUAAUGAUUUCUGCUUCUUAUUAUCUACUAAGGCAGGAGGAUUAGGUAUUAAUCUUACCUCUGCAGAUACCGUCAUUAUAUUCGAUUCAGAUUGGAACCCACAAAAUGACUUACAAGCAGAGGCAAGAGCCCAUAGAAUAGGACAAAAGAAAACUGUACAAAUCUAUCGUCUUGUAACAAAAGAUUCUAUUGAACAAACUAUACUAGAAAGAGCAAAAGCUAAAAUGGUAUUAGAUACUCUUGUUGUACAAGGAUUAAAUAAGAGAGGAGUAGAAUGGGGAAAUGGUGGUAGUUUAUCUGGUGGUGGGGUUGGUGGUGUUUCUUUUUCUCGUGAAGAUUUGAGCAAAAUAUUAAAAUUUGGUGCAACAAAGUUAUGGAGCCAGAGUAGGCCUAAAGGGUGUGAGCUAGACAGCAGCAGCAGCAGCAGCAGCAGCAGCAGCAGUAGUAGCAGCAGUGGUGAUGGUGGUGGUGAUGGUACAGGUAGUGGUGAUGGUACAACAACAGGAGAAGGAUAUAAUGAGUUUGCUGCAGCAGCAGCAGAUAUUACAGAUCCUGAUGGUAAUACUAUGAAUACAACUAAUAAUAUUGCUGGAGGUAUAGGAGGUAUAUUAGCAGGAGUAGGAGGUAUAGAUGGAUCAUUAGGAGUAGUAGGAGGAGGAGGAGGAGGAGGAGGAGCAACAACAGGAGGAGGAGGAUCAUCAUCAUCAGGAGGAGGUGCAACAGCAACAGCAACAGCAACAGCAACAGCAACAGCAACAGCAACAGCAACAGCAGGAGCAUCAGGAGCAUCAGGAACAGCAGCAACAGCAGCAGCAGCAGCAGCAGAAGAAGAAGAAGAUGAUGCAGAAUUUUGGCGACAAUGUAUACCUAGUCAUGAAAGAUUAAGGUAUAAAAGACAAAAAGAAGAUCAAUUAAUUAUUCAUGGUAAAAGAAAGACAAGAAAUGCAUUAUUUGCAUGGGGUAUAAGUAGCAGCAGCAGAGGAGAGGAUAGUUCAGAUACUGCUGCUGCUGCUGCUGCUGCUGCUGCUGCUGCUGCAGGUAGUAGCAGUAAUAGCAGCAAUUAUGGUUAUACAAAUAGUGCUAUAGGAGAAGAUAAUGAUAAUAAUAUAGAUAUAAAUACAUCUUCUUCUGCUGCUGCAGCAGGAUCAGCAGCAGCAGGAGGAGGAGCAGCAGCAGGAGGAGGGAAAGGAAGAAGAGGAAGAAGACCAAGAAUACUUAAUCCUACACAAUUAACAUCCAAGGAAUAUCAUCGUUUAUAUAGGGCAUUAUUAAGGUAUGGAUGUAUAAGAAGAAGAAUUCAUGAUAUUAUUCAUGAUGCUAAGCUGCAGAGGGUAUCUGCUGCUGUUGUUGCUGCUGCUGCACAACAAAUUGUUGCUGCAUGCAAAGAAAGACUUAAUCAACCUCCUGCUAAACCUGCUGCUGCACCUAAUACUGCAGCAACAGCAGCAACUGCAGCAGGUGCAGCAGGUGCAGCAGCAACAGGUAUUAAGAAACAUAAAAGUAAUAAAGAUGAUGAUGAGGAAGAAGAAGAAAUUGAUCAAUUAACAAGACCUAAAGAAGAAGAAGACCCUAAGGAAGGUCGUUCGUACUUUACACAGAUAGGAGACACAAGAGUAAAUGCAUGGGAUCUAAUAGAGAGGCUGCAGCUGCUGCAGUUGCUGCAUGAUGUAUUUGAGCAGCAGCACCCUCAUUGUGCUGCACCAUGGCAGCUACCUACAGGUCCUCUCUCUCCUGAAUUCACUGGCAUGCAGCAGCAGCAAGUGCAGCAGCAGCAAGAGGGGCAACAGCAAGAAAUAGCAGGAGAAGGAGGUGAUAUGACUGGUGCUGCAGCAGCAACAGGAUUAGAACAAACUACUGGUGAUGCAGCAGCAGCAGCAGCAGGUGAUGCUGCUGCUGCUGCUGCUCCUUCUGCUAUGUCUUGUGAUGGUCCCGCUGAGACUGUUGAUCCUGCUGCUGCUGCUGCUGCACUGCAGCAGCAAUCUGCUGAAGGAGAGCAACAACAGCAGCAACAGCAAGAGGGAGAAGGACAGGAUCAGCAGCAGAUACCUGGCAGCAGCAGCAGCAGCAGCACUGCAGCAACAGGCUUCCCUCCUCCAACAGAACCAGGAGCACCUCCAAUGUUUUUAACGCUACGGCUCCCUGAGGGUGUACUAUGCCGUCUUAAGCCAUGGAGUGCUCGUGAUGUCCAACGAUGGACAAAUAGAGAGGAUGAGGCCCUUCUUAUAGGGGCAUAUAAGUAUGGAUUUGGUGCCUGGGCG